AGCAGUCGCGCAUCCGAUGAAGACUCCAAAACGGCGGUGAAAGUGGCCGUUCGAGUCCGCCCUCCUCUGCAAUCCUCCGACCCUGGCUACGAUCUAAUUCCUCAGCGCUUCCGCGCCUCGACCUGUGACGUCUCUUCUGCAACCAACCUCGCCAUCCAGUCAACCCAGGGAAAGAAACUGUUCGUCUUUGAUCGCGUCUUCGGCGAAGAAACAACCCAACAAGGUGUCUGGGAAUACGUCAGCGGCAGCGUCGAUUCUUUCAUCCAGGGCUACAAUGUAUCCAUCCUUGCAUACGGUCAAUCCGGCGCCGGAAAGUCAUAUACCAUGGGUACUGCUGACUCCGAAGGCGCCUUUGACCCUGAUACAGGAAUCGUGCCACGUGCCGCCGCCGCUCUUUUCGAAAAACUCAACGCUACUCCAACCUCCUCGGCCCCUCUGACCCCGAGCAAGUCGGGCCUUCGUUCUCCCGCACGCUACUCCGUCUCGGCCGUGUCCAGCCUCUCCAAUUUGCACCGCCAAACGUGCAGCGACAAGUCCUGGACAUUGACAGCAACCUAUGCUGAGAUCUACAAUGAACAGCUCCGCGACCUGCUUGUUCCCAGCACCGUGCCUGAAGCCGAUCGUCCUCAAGUCUCGAUUCGUGAAGAUACCAAAGGUCGCAUUCUACUCAUUGGCCUGGUUCAGAAACCUAUCAACUCGGCAGACGACCUUCUGGAAGCUCUGAGUUUUGGUUCCAAUAUCCGCCAGACCGAUUCGACCGCCAUCAACGCCAAGUCUUCGCGCUCCCACGCCAUUCUCAGUCUGAACCUUACUCUGAAGAAAGGUCCCUCGGUCAACAGGCGUGCUUCUGUUCAGGUCGACAACUCGACCUCAAACGAUGCUGUUGUGACGACCGAGAGCAAGCUCCACUUUGUCGAUCUUGCAGGCAGCGAACGUUUGAAGAAUACAGGCGCCCAGGGCGAUAGAGCAAAAGAGGGUAUAUCGAUCAAUGCCGGUCUCGCUAGCUUGGGGAAGGUCAUUUCGCAGCUGUCUACUGCAAAGCAGGGCGGCUACAUAUCCUACCGCGAUUCUCGACUGACUCGGAUUCUGCAAGAUUCGCUAGGCGGAACCGCCAUCACUUACAUGGUCGCCUGCGUGAAUCCCGCCGAGUUUCAUCUUAGCGAAACGCUUAAUACCGUUACCUACGCUCAACGCGCUCGUGCCAUCCAGAGCAAGCCCGAGAUUCAACAGACAACUGAGGAGGCUGACAAAGCUUCCAUCAUCGCUCGAUUACAAGCAGAGGUGGCUUUCCUCCGAGAACAGGUCAACAAAAACAACGAGAAAGGCGAGCAACGCAUCCUGGCUGCCGGAGAUCAUAAAGAGCGUCGCGAGAGCGAACUACAGGACCAGCUAAUGGACAUGCAAGAGAGUUACAACGCCCUUAGCGGACGCCAUGCAAAGCUCAUUUCCGAAAUCUCAAAGGCCAAGGAGAGCAGUCACGAGGAUACACCCACUCUCAGAGAUGCUGUAGGAGAGUCGGCAAUGGAAAGACUCAAGCGCUCCAAUUCGUUUGCCGAAGCUGUGGAACAGGUUGUCAUGGAGUAUGAAAAGACGAUUCAAUCGCUCGAGGCCUCCUUGUCCAACACACGAUCCACGCUUUCUACAAGCGAAAGCUCACUUAUGGAGCGUGAGGCCAGGAUAGCCUACAUGGAGUCGCAAGCUCACCAACUACAAGUAAGGCUGCAGAAAGCUGGCGAGCGUGAAGCCAACAACGAUGCCUAUCUGCGAGACUUGGAGACCCAGAUAGAGGGUGCGACCACCAGCGAGGAGAAGAGCUCCACGAUGAUCGCCAGCCUACGAAAAGAGCUGGGUCGAGUCAAAGACACUGAGAACAACUCCGAACAGUACAUCGCAACGAUCGAAGAGAAGUUGGCAGAAGCAGAGCAGGACCGAGAAAUAAUGCAGCGCGAGCUCGAUCGUCUCGAGAACGUUAUCGAACGUCAAAGAAGUAUCGGUAGACUGGAUAACCUCCUUGCAGAGCUUGACAACAUCCGUCAUGGCGAACAAAACGGACGUCACCAGCAGCUUGACGGUCACGCAAGUGAUGUCAAUGGCCACGACCCAUUCGUCAAAGAGUCAAGCACAGCUUCCAGAGGAGUUGCUGUUGGCGACCAAGUGACUGAGCAGUCUAAAAACUCAACGACACAUCUUCUAGAGACUGAUGGACCAACCACAGCCGCUACUGAUCAAAAUCAAGAUGUUGAAGACUUGUGCAAGAAGGAUGAGCAGAAUGCGGCGCAGUCCAGAUUCAUGGCCGACAAACUUGAGACCAUGACGCAAGAACUCUUCGACCUUCGUAGCGAGCACGAAACGACUAUCAACGAUUACGACAACCUUCAACGCAAGUAUGAAACCGCACUACAAGCACUCGCCAAGAUGCACGAGACAAACGAAGAGGAGACCAGACCAGACUCGAGGAACUCAGACAAGCCAGACACUGUCGUCAAUGAGAAUGAGGUUUCCCAUCCUCCUCAACAGCAAGUACUUGCGCACGAGAUGGAAACAUUGAGGCAGCUGCACGUUCAGCGAGAAUCAAGCUUGAAGGAGAUCUCGGACAACUAUAUGAGACUAUCCGAAGAGCACAAGAACGCUUUGAGUCAGGUUGAAAACCUCAAGCGCGAAGUACAGCGGGCACAAUUGGCAACCAACAGACAGUCUUCUCCUUCGCUUGUCAAGCCCAUCAUUCGCCGCAAGCCCAGCCAGGAUCUCAUGGCCAAUACCACUACCAACAACGAUCGAGCUAUGCGUUCGUUUGCAUCACUGCGAAACAUCGCGCUGGAUAACUUCGAAUCGAAUAUUGACGUUCGCCAAAACUUUGAGAUUCAUCUCAACACCAUCAUGGGCGAUCUGCAUGACCGGACGGAGAAAAUGCAAGCACUCGAUGCAGAAGUCAUGGCAGCUCGCAGAGAUCUUGACGCCAAGACCGCCAUCAUCACAGGCUUGACUCGCGAGAGGGCCAGUGUAUCGGCUGCCAAUACUGUCGACUUCACUGUUGUUGGGCACAUGCGUGACCAACUCAUGAGAAGCGAACAGCAGGUGCUCCUCCUUCGUGAGUCCCACGAAAGCCGGGAGAAGGAACUACAAUUUCAAGUCGAUGAACUCAAAUCACAGUUACAGCAACACGCCGAAAAAGAUGUGGUCGCUGGUGGCGAGCAGGCUCAUGAUGAUAGAGACGAUCACGUUGCGAAUCUGCAAAAGCAGUUGUCCAGCUGGGUGUCAAAACACGCUCACACGAUGACUUCAUCGAAAGAGUCUGAAACCAAGCUGCUCGCUACUAUCGCGACUCUUGAGACAUCCCUUUCUGAGGCACACAAGUCGGUUGCUAGUCGCGAUGCCGAAUACGAUGCAGCAGUUGCGAAUCUUGAUCAAGAGCGAGCUCAACACCAAGAGCUUGUCAACUCAUUGCAGAAGCAGAUUGACAAUCACCAAACAGCUAGUCAUGAACACAACCAGAAGCUUUCGCUGCUGGAGCAGUCCUACGCAAGUAUUAGGCAGCAGGUCGAUGAGGACAGCAAAGGCAGAGAGCUUACAGAGAAGGAGCUACAAACUCAUCGCAAUCUGGUGUCUAAUUUGGAGAGUCAAAUCGAAGGCCACAAGUCCGCAAUCGAAAUUCAUGAGCAGAAUCUGGAGACCCUCAAGGCAUCGCAUACAGAAGAGCUCGACAGUGUCAAGACUGCUUUGACGACAGCUGAGAACAACUUCGCUGAGAGACAUGCGGCUUUAGAGGCACGACACAAGUCCGUGCAGCAGGACCUCAAAAGGUCUCAAGUUGAUCUGGAGGAGCUGCUUGCUGAAGCAUCAGCCAUUCUUGGUCACGAGACUGACGUUGGGCGAUUCCACUCUCAUCUGACCGACUUCGUUGGACAGAGUCGAGACAUUGGUUCUGACAAGGACACCGUGGUCACAUCGACCAAGGUCGCGGAUCUUGAGGCCGAGAUGGUGCAACUGAAGACGAGCAACCAGGAACUUGUGUCUAACAUGGAGCGUGCAGUGGAGAACGAACGUAAGAGUGCGACUCUGGUGCAAGAAUUGGAGGAUCAGCUCAACUCAACAUAUGAUUUGCAUCAAGACACCACCAAGAGAUUGUCCGCCAUACAAAGCGAGCGCCACACACAGCUUGAGGAGGCGACAAGUGCAAAGAACGAGAUGAAGAAAGAACUCGAGGAUGCCAAGCUGAAGGUAUCUUUGCUUGAGUCUCAGCUCGCCGAGCUACAACGUCGUUCAAUGGCUUCUACCUCUCGCGACUCGCUGAAUUAUGCUCGCGAGUCACUGUCACCAGAAGCUGCAGCAUUUGCACUUGCUCGAACGAGUUCGCAGACGUCUCUAAUGACACGUCCAAAGUCCAAUGCCACGAACACCACUUCGGGUCUCCCCUCUCCGCCGCCUGCAAUUCCUUUGCCGCCUAUCCCUACUCCGGGUCUCAGUGGGUUGAGUCCUUUCUUGAGCCAUAGCAGCAGCAUACCCAUGGGUCUGGGUAUCGAUGCUCGUACUUCGAGCCCUGCACCGACAACUACUUUCACGGCCUCGUCUCCACCCGGCACACCCCAUCACAGCUCCUUUCCCCAACCGCCAUCGACUGCACCUUCAACGGUGCAAGUUGAUGCCGGAUAUGCGCAGGUGAUUGAAGAACAAGAAUCCCGCAUUCGUACUAUCGAGAAGCACUUGUUUGCCGAGAAGCAACUAACGGCUACACUGGAAGAGGCUCUUGUCGAUCUCGAAACAUCACAGAACAAGACCAGACAAGAUCUUGAGUCAUGGAGGAAGAAGUGCUCAAACUUGGAGGACGAGCUGGUAGGACUGCGCAAGGAGCGCACGAAUUCCAGGGCGAGCAUGCAACAAGUCGAGGAGGAGAGAGAGAUGAGACAUCGUGCAGAGCGCGCGAGACAGGCGCUUGAGGAACGUAUGCGGGAGUUGAAUGCUGGACAGAAGAAGAAGAAGGGAAUGUUGAACUGUUUCUAA